AAUAUUUCAGAUCUGAUUCUCUCUUACAAAAAGAACCAUCAAAGCUUCUUAAUUUUCAUCAACAUCUCUCUAGCAGCUAUAACAUAUUCUUAAUUUCUACUACCUCAAAAAACAUUCUUCCUUAGUUUUCUUUUCCUCUCCUCCUUACAUAUAUAUAAAAGGAAGAAAGAUGGGGCUGCGAGACAUUGAAGCUACACUGCCUCCUGGAUUUAGGUUCUACCCGAGCGACGAGGAGCUGGUCUGCCAUUAUCUCUACAAAAAGAUUGCUAAUGAGGAGUCUUUGAAGGGUACUUUGGUCGAAAUUGAUCUGCAUACGUGUGAGCCAUGGCAGCUUCCCGGCAUCUUUUGUUUUCGAGAUUUAUAGUUAUAAGAAUGUUUAAUUGAUAAAUAAACACCAGGAUAUAGAAGACAAAUUAAUUAUUCUUGAGGGGUUUUAGGUAGAAAGCAGACAAUCAUGGCUGGCAUAUAUAUAUACAUGGUCUUUUUAAUAAAUACAGAAAACAAUU